ACAUCAUUCAUUCUAACACACUAUCAAGUCUUUAUUCAUUGGCUUCUUCUCAAAUUAAACCAUGUUUGGCUCUUCCACUUUCCAAGAAACAACCAAUAUUUCUCAUCAAACUAUAAACCCUAAUUUUGCCUUUUCAUCUCUCAUCAAUAUGAAUCAAGAUCAUGGCCACAAUAUGUAUCAAGAUUUUGACACUUCAUUUCUUGACAAUUUGAUUAAUGAUGGUGAAGAAUAUUCCAACUCAAAUAAUAGCUUUAAUACUUCACUUUAUUCACAAAAUCCUUUCAUGCAACAAGAGAUAAGCACUAGUACCUAUAGUGGAAACUCAUCAGCUAGUUCAUUUGAUGCCACACCAACAAAUAUUCACAUGAAUGAAAAUUCAAGCAAUAAGGGGAUAGAGAAAGAAAAGAAGGCUGAAAAACAUGCAAUUGCUUUUAGAACAAAGACCGAGCUUGAGAUAUUGGAUGAUGGAUACAAAUGGAGGAAAUAUGGAAAAAAGAAGGUGAAAAGUAACACAAAUCCAAGGGAAUACAACAUCAGAAAUGCACUAACAAAAUGGGGAAACCAAUUAAACAGGAAUUACUACAAGUGUUCAAGUGGAGGUUGCAAGGUAAAGAAGAAGGUGGAAAGAGAUGGAAUUGAUUCCAGCUAUUUGAUAACAACAUAUGAAGGAAAACACAAUCAUGAAAGCCCCUUUAUCAUUUACUGCCAUGAAAAGCCAACAGUCAGUUUUCACAAUGAUCAAUGGACUUUGCAAGCAGAUUCUUUGCGGUGAUCUUCUUGGAGAAAACAUUCGAAGACUUUAUUAUUUUUGUAUGGGUCAAAAUCUGAUUUAAGGGAGCCCGGCACAAGGAUAAAUUACUAAAAGGCGAUUAGGUCGAGGUCGUACACAAAAUUAAAGGGACUUACUGGCGAGCUGCUAAUCGGGGCCGAGGUCGAAAGCUCAGGACAGCAAAUAACGACUAGUUUUGUAAUAAGAUAUUUAGGAGAAUAUUCUCUCUACUUGUAUUCUAGGUUAGGUUUGAAGCAUGUCCCAUAUAAAUAGAAAGGUAGAGAGAAGGAAAGAGGCAUGUAGUAUUCUAUAUGAUAAGAGCUCGGUUGAAAAGUUGACUCUGAAGAAAAAUACAAACAUUACCUUUCAAAAGAGAUUUGA